AUGUCGUUCCGGGGACACGCCGUGUCAUCGCCCGAUGGCGGUCACUUCCUGCUCACGGAGACGCUGGGCGAGGGCGGCUUUGGAAAGGUGAAGCUGGCCGAGCAUCAACACACACAGCAGCGCAUUGCCGUGAAGAUCUUCGAUCUCGAACGCGUGGCACUCAUCAACGUGCGCAAGGAGAUGGUCGUGCACCGGAACGUCAAGCACCCAAAUGUGGUGGGCUUCCUUGGCUUUGAGAUUAUCCAGAACCACUGCUUCGUAAAGCUGGAGCUGUGUCAAGGCGGCGAGCUCUUUGACAAGAUUGUUCCCGACGAUGGCAUGCCCCGAGACCAAGCCCACUUCUACUUCCGGCAGCUGCUCAGCGCUGUGCGGCACUUGCAGAACUCUGGCAUUGUCCACCGCGACCUCAAGCCAGAGAACAUUCUGGUGGAUGCAUUUGGCAACGUGAAGAUUGCAGACUUUGGGUUUGCGACGCUGUUUCGCAAUCGGGGCAAGGAGCGCCCGCUGCGCCUCAAGUGCGGAACGCCGCCGUACGUCGCCCCCGAGGUGUUGACAGAGUACUAUGAAGGCACGACGGUUGAUCUCUGGUCCCUUGGCGUCAUCCUCGUCGCCAUGCUCGCAGGAUGCCUGCCAUGGAGCGAGCCAACCAAGAACUGCCCGCAAUAUCUCAAGUGGAGCAGUGGCCUCCCGUCCUCAGAGCCCUGGCCCACCAUCAAGCGGAAGGACAGGCACGCAUACGACCUGCUGCUGGUGAUGCUGCACCCGGACGUGAAGGCGCGCGUGUACGACGACCGACUGGAAAACUCCCCAUAUGCAAAGCGCACGACGCCGUUUACGGAGGCGGUCGGGGCGACGAUGAUGCUUACGCCGAAGCAUGCGCCGCUGCUUGGUGCUGACCAGGGCCCGCGACUCGAGAUGACCGCCUUUGGUGACCCGGACAUGGACGACACACAACGCAGCCAGCAGCCCACAAAACGCCCAAAAAUGCAACAAGGCGAGGCAGCGCCAACGAAUGCAACAGCGACAACAACAGCAACAGCAGGAGUCUCGGUCGGCGGGGCGGAUGAGGAGCAGGACGAGGCGGGUCGCUCCUGCCGCACAAACUCUCAGAGGAAACUCUGGUUCGAGUCCUCCCUCCGAUUCAGAGACAUCCUUGAAAGGUUUGAGAUGGCGAUUGAGGACUAUGCAAAGAUUAGCAAAUCAGAGCUGUCAUUUCGUCGCUCUCCACACAAGGCCAAUGUGCUGCUGGUGACCACCCCGGAUCCGCACGUUGGUUUGGAGUCAAAGGGUGACGUCAUCUUCAGCAUACGCGCCACGGAGCGGCAGGGCAGAACAACCAUCGUCGACUUUAUGCUCAUCAAGGGUUCUGGUAUGCAUUUCCGUAAGGUGGUGGCAAACUUGCGGUCAUAUGCCCGCGAUGUCAUGAGCACGUGCAACAAGCCCUCCCAGGUCCCACCAACCCCAUCCCUCGGCUGA